AGCGCCCAUGACCCGUAUAUAUAAAGCCAUAAUUCUCUGCCCCUUCACCACUGAUUUCUUAUAAUGUAUGUCUUCUCAUCCCUCCUCCCCAUUUCCCUUUUGGCCGCACUGGUCCGCGCAGGUCUCCCGGAACUGCACGAGCUUGGUCGGAGGGAUAACGUCUGCGCUCUUGAUCUGAGAGGCGCCACUGCCAAAGACUGUCUGGUUGACAACAAGGGAAUUUUCUUCACCUUGACACCACCUUCGACCAUCACUACAACUACUGUAUCAACCUUGCCUGCGAAUAGCCAAUGCGAUCACAUCGUUGAACUCCGGCUCCUCGACGGCGCCUUGCAGAAGUCAGGAGUCUGUGAGAUGAUCACCAAGACGAUCAAAGCGAAGUCAUCGGUAUCGAAGGCGAUUCUUCUUCAACCACUAUCUGAUGUCAUAAAUGGACACGAUAACCUCAAUUUCCUUGCGUCUGCUGUAAACAAUCGAGUGCGUUUACAUGAUUGCGACACUCGUACAUUCAAAUAAGCUAUGAUUGCUUGCAGAAAAAAACUGUUGUUGGCAAGUCGCUCAGGGGUACACCACGGGGAAACGACGAUUUGGACAAGGCGGUCGGCAAUUAUUUUCAACAGACAAAAGCCGCCUCGACUGCUAUCGCACAGAGCCUGGAUAGCAAAGUAGCAGCCAUCAUUGCGCAGGCGCAAGCUAUUGCGAAUGCCCUCCCUCCCGACUCGAGAAUGGGGCGCAAUAAGACCACAACCAAAGCUGAUCUCCAUACGGCCGUUGCCACAGAGAAUCAGUCUAAGUCUCCUGUCUCCACAGCUUGGCCAGCGGUUCUGAUCGCUGCCCCGCACACUUGAUCGCAGUGAUUAUUGCUCAGUACGAUCUCUCCAUAGGAUAUUCUGUUGUCAUGUUUUAUGCGCCACCCCUUUUAUCAUGGUAUUGUUCAAGGUACAGAACU